GUCACUGGUCUCGGCGGCCGUCCAAGAAUUCGCCUUUUUUUUCUCUCUUUGUUUUGCUUUGUUUCCCGAGUCGUAGAUCUCGUCCUCGGCCUCGUGCGUAGUUCCUCUCCGGCCUCGCCCCGGGACAGAGAUGAAAUUUAUAGACAGAGGUUUUCUGGUUUAUCUUAGGAUACGUAUGUACAGAGAGAAAUUUUCUUUGUCGUGACAAGAUAUUGAAAGAAAAAAUUAUUUACAUAAAGAAAUAAGUUGGCAGUUAAAUAGCACACAACGUCACCACUGAAGAAUGGGGUCCCUUUGGCAGGACAAAGGCACAGUCAGCUUUGAGGAGAAAUGGCCGGCGAUGCGACCGACGGUACUCAAACUGCUGCGGCAGGAGUGCGUAAGCCGGGCCGAGUGGCAGGACCUGUUCUGGGCUGUCCACAAGGUCUGCCUUUGGGAUGAGAAGGGGCCGCCUAAAGUGCAAAAAGCCCUGCAGGAUGACAUUCUCGACUUCAUCACACAUGCACAAGCGAGAGUCUUAGAUCAACAUGAAGAUCAAGCUUUACUUAAAGCAUACAUAAGUGAAUGGCGCAAGUUCUUCCAGCAGUGUAACUAUCUGCCAUUGCCAUUCAAUCAGCUGGAGUCAGCCCUGGCUGGCAAGACCACUACCUCCGUCUCCAAGAAAGUCCAGAAUGAUGAUUCCAUUGUCAGAAAGUUGAUGCUAGAUAGUUGGAAUGCAAGCAUCUUCAGCAACAUCAAGCAACGGUUACAGGACUCAGCCAUGAAACUGGUACAUGCGGAGAGAAAUGGGGAAGCCUUUGACUCCCAGCUGGUUAUUGGGGUGCGAGAGUCGUAUGUGAACUUAUGCUCGAAUUCAGGCGACAAGCUGCAGAUUUAUAGAGAAAAUUUUGAAAAGGCCUACAUAGAGGCAACAAAAGCGUUUUAUCGGGUGAAGGCACCUCAGUACUUGGAGGCCAACGGGGUCCAAAACUACAUGAAAUAUGCAGAGCUCAAGUUAAGAGAAGAGGAACAGCGAGGAGAAAAGUAUUUAGAAUCCUUUAGUGGGUCGCUACAAAAUCUAAAUGAGUGUUGUGUGGAGGUCUUGGUGACAAUCUUCCGGGACACAAUCUUGGCCGAGUGUCCACAAAUGAUCAAGAAUAAUGAAACUGAUAAACUACAGUUGAUGUUUAAAUUGAUGGACCGCGUCCCAGAUGGAAUUCAGCCAAUGCUGGAUGCACUAGAAGAACAUAUUGUCUCAGCUGGACUGGCAGACAUGGUGGCUGCAGCAGAUAGUAUAACACAGGAUUCUGAACAGUAUGUGGAGAAGUUGCUAGACCUCUUCCAGAGGUUCAGCAAGCUAGUAACAGAAGCAUUUAAUGAAGAUCCUCGCUUUCUUACUGCCAGAGAUAAGGCUUAUAAACAGGUUGUCAAUGAUACUCAAGUUUUUAAACUUGAAUUACCAAGUAAAACGGUAAGACUACUAAAAAAAGGUAUCGGUAAUAAAACGCAGCCAGAAUCCAAAUGCCCUGAGCUGCUGGCUAACUACUGUGAUAUGCUCCUUAGAAAGACACCACUUAGCAAAAGACUCACUGCUGAUGACAUUGAGAGCAAGCUGAAGGACGUGUUGCUGGUGCUAAAGUAUGUAAGCAACAAGGAUGUGUUCAUGAGGUACCACAAGGCGCACCUCACACGACGCCUCAUUUUAGAUACAUCUGCAGAUUCAGAGAAAGAGGAAAACAUGGUAGAAUGGUUACGAGAAGUAGGCAUGCCAGCAGACUUUGUCAAUAAGCUGGCGAGAAUGUUCCAGGAUAUCAAGGUGUCAGAGGAUCUCAAUCAACAAUUUAAGGAAUCUAUUCGAACAACCACAAAGUCUAGUGUAGCAGAUAAUCUAAACAUUAAGAUAUUGAAUGCUGGCGCAUGGGCAAGAGGCAGCGACAGAGUCACAGUUAGUUUACCGAUGGAGUUAGAAGAUUUCAUCCCUGAGGUGGAGGAUUUCUAUCGCAAGAAGCACUCAGGACGGAAGCUGCUUUGGCAUCACCACAUGUCCAAUGGCACAAUCACCUUCUGCAAUAAUAUGGGGAGGUUCGACUUGGAUGUAACCACCUUCCAGAUGGCUGUCAUGUUUGCCUGGAACCAACGAAUACAUGAUAAGAUCUCCUUCGAUAAUCUUCGUCUUGCGACUGAACUCCCAGAUCCAGAGUUGAGACGGACAUUGUGGUCCCUGGUAGCGUUUCCAAAGAUGAAGAGACAAGUCCUGUCCUUCUCUGGAGAGGUCUCAUCACCCAAGGACUUCACAGAAAACACCCUCUUUUGGGUUAACCAGGAAUUUGCACCCAUUAAAAAUGGCAAACCCCAGAAGCGUGGCAAAGUGAACUUAAUUGGGCGUCUGCAGCUCAGCACAGAGAAGAGCAAGGAGGAGGACAACGAGGGCAUAGUGCAGCUUAGAAUACUCCGAACUCAGGAAGCCAUAGUGAAGAUCUUAAAGAUGCGCAAGAGGAUCUCCAACGCCCAACUGCAGACGGAGUUGGUGGAGAUGCUGAAGAACAUGUUCCUUCCGAGCAAGAAGCUUAUCAAAGAGCAGCUGGAAUGGCUCAUUGAACACAAAUACAUGAAGCGCGAUGAUGAGAACAUCAAUAUCUUCAUCUACAUGGCCUAGUCAACCAAGGAGAGAGAGAAAUGGCACCACCUUGGCUCGCAGGCAUGCAUGGGCAAAUGGGAUAGGAGGAAGAGGAAGAGGCAGCAGGAGCUCGAACACUAUCCUUGGCACUAGGGAUGAUGGUAAUGUUGGCAGGGCAGAGUGUGAGGGAAGUGGGCGAGCAGGCAAGUAGCCAAUACGCUGAAGCCAAUCAAGGCUGUUGGAUAUGUGCUGGCAAUGAAUGGGGAUUUGCUUGAAAGACUUUUGUGCUCUUUCUGAUGAAAUCUGGAGGUUAGCAUCUCACUAAGUGGAUCUUGGAACAUUUGUUAUGUAUGGUGACAAUGAAUAAGACAUGAGUGUAAUGUCAAGCUGGAUGCAAGGAAGAGAUCUCCAGGUAGUGGAAAAUAAAUCCUUAAUCCAUUUUUUCUGUGUGGCCUUGCCAGGUAAACAAAUUGAUUGUCUGUUUAUUACAUGUGAUGUUCUUGUGCUGCAAACACAUUCCUGAUGAUAUGCAGUGUAAGGUCUAUGCUUCAUAAAGUAUCAAGUCAACCUUUCCUAUUUUCAGGAGCAGUUAGACGGAGAAAAAUAGUUUCAGAAUAUUUAGUAGAUACUCCCCAUUGUUUUUUCCAACAGAAAAUCUUCAGAUGGAUAAAAGGAAUGUAGUUUUGAAAGUUUUGGUGAUAGAGAAUCAAUAUACAAGGCCUUUGUCAGUGAUGUGUCCUCUAAUGCAAAGAUGUUCAGACAGCAUGAGCCAUGUGAGUCAGGUGGUGUGUGAGAUCCAAGAUAUCAAGAUGCCACUAGGUCCCUUCUCUCCCCCCUCUCUCACUCAUGCCAGGAGCUGCACUCUGCGUACUUCUCAUGGACUUAACAUUUAUAUAAUUACGCAUAUUCUACGAUGCCUCUGUAUAUAGUAGGUGAAGAGUAUAAAAAAAGAGCCUCUCCUAGCUGUACAAUGUGUGAGUUCUAUGGUGGAAUGAUGAUGAUUUUUCAGACCUGAAUUUCAUGUGUACUCAAAGUUUUAUCCAAGGAAAAGGUGGUGUUGCCUGAAUUCUUUAUUUACAUAUGAAGAGAUGGCUUGAUAGAUUCUGUGUUGACGACUCAAAAAAUGGAACAGAAGAGAGAGUUUAUGAAAAAAAAACAUUUAUUUAUGAAGUGCUGAAUCAUUGCAAUAGAAAAUUCCUCAAAAUCAGGUGUAGAUCAUUGUCAAGCCACCAUA